AUGGCAGAGGAACACAAAGGAUCACGCCUCACUACAAGAAUAUGCAGAGUGUCUAUAUCCACGAAACUCUCUCAACAUGCUGCUGCGUCUGCGCAGGCGUACGCACUGGUUUCAUGCCUGAACGCAUGUUUCCAAAGCAUCUCUGAUCUCCUGGUACGAUAUCUUAUACAUUGUCUUGUACCGUCCCGAGCUGGCCGUGGAAAUUGACAUUUAAGGAGGUGGAUGCCAUCCUCCUCCAUCUUCUCUGCUCUCCAGAACACUUCGCACUCGACGAUCUCCUGCUCUGCAACCCAACUUUCUACGAAACGUUGAAGGACUGCCAGCACGCAACCAAUCAGGACUAACCAUUUCUUACUAUAACAACAAGCAGCGCGGCAACGGCUAUGGCAACAGUAGCUAUAGCCGUCAGGAUCCAAAAAACAUCAAGUGCCACCAUUGCGGAAACUUUGGCCACAUCCCUUCGCACUGUCCAGAUAAGAACGACGGCCAGGGUCGUAAGACUGCCGCCGACACUCGCGCCGGCGCUGCCAACGCGGGAGCUCGCAUUCAUUACAGCGACGGUCCGAGGUACAACUCGGGCCCAACGAUCAAGCCGGACCUCCAAAAGGCUCUGCGUGAUGCCAAUGCCUACGCUUCUACUUUGGCUAGAUCAAAUGAUCAGUGUCGACUUUCAAAGGCCAAGGCUGACAAUGGUCUCCGCACCUCCUUCUUUGCACCAGAUACUACUGCUUCUGUGGCUGCGAACUUUUCCACCGUCAAUCUUCCCCAGAAUGUCUACGUCUACAAGGUUGAGAUGGUCAGAGCCUACACUGAGAAAGCCAGUACUAUCCUCGUCAAGCGUUCUACGGAUAGGAAGGCGGUCAUGCGCGUACUCCACACCCAGGCCAAUCUUGUUCUGGAGCUCCAGCUCACUCCCAAGACCUGGGUCACUGACGGUGAUCUCAUCUGGUCGACUCGCGCGCUGUUCAGCUCUGCGAACCUACCUCGUCAAUUGAUGAACUUGGUGUACCAGACUGAAUGCGGUCAACAGCUCACCGUCGAGGAAGUGACCAUCUCUCAUCAACAGACCAUUGGUGGACAUAUCAGCAUGGCUGAGCUUGUCCAAAACACACAAGCCACCGAAUUCCACGAGAGUGUCGCCGGCGUAUUUGUUCGUGGUGUCAACGCCUUCCUGACGGAGCAUGCUCGCAACACGGGCACUAACACACUUACCAGCGGUAGCCGCUCCUUUGAUCACAACACCACAUCGCCUCUUGGGAACCACGGUUUGCGAGCCCUGCAUCUUUCGGCUCGUCCUGGUGUUGACAGGCUUCUGAUCAAUAUCAGCACCGCCUUUACUCCAUUUUAUGGUCUCGAUUCGAUUCGGAGCUUCAUCAAUAGUUCUGGUCGCUCGCCAAAUGCCCUAAGGAAGAUCUUGAAGGGUGUCAGAGUGCGAAUCGAUUACGAAAUAUCCGGUGGCUGGCAGCCGGCUACGAGUUGUUACCGCUUCGUCCACGGCUUUGGCGAGCAGAUCAAUCAACAUCGGCUGGAAUCGCAGACCAAAUUGUACGAUUGGUUUUGCCGGCCAACAGCCGAGGAGCGCAGUCAGCCGCUCUAUCCUCGCAACUUGCGGCCAAACCUCAUGCAACCAGGUCAUCUGUCCGUCAAGGUCUCGGUCGACCCCCGCCGGUGCCCGUCUUCUCUCGAAUGGUAUCCCGCUUCGGUGCUGGAAAUUUUCGAAUUUCAAGCGUUUCAUGAUGCACUCAAGCCCGAUGAGACAUCCGCCAUGAUCCAAAGCGCUCCAUUCCAGCCUGCUCAGAAUCGUCAACGCAUCUUAGGACAGGGGCUUACGAAGGAUCCGCGCGCCUUCCACGGCCGCGUCAAGGACGAAUUGCGCGACAGCGAGUCUUGGCGUCCGUAUCAUCUGCGAGCGUACGCGGACCACGAGCGACGAUCUCCUCCGAUGAAAUAUGGUUUCCUCAGACGCAAUCCGUGGCAUGAGAGUUUGGACGAUAUCAUGUUCUAUCUGUGA